AGUUCACAGCUAAAACUCUCUCAUAUUCAGAGUAGUGGUAGCAGUAAUGGUGGUGGUGGAUGUAGUAGUUAAAGUGCAGGUGAUGUUGCUAUUGCUGCUGCUGAUAGUGGUGAUGGUGGUGGUGGUGGUGGUGGUAAUGGUGACAGCAAAGGUGGUUGAUAUGAUGGUUAUGAUAGAAGCAAUGAGAUUACAGAUGUGGUGGUGAUCAUUUCCGAAGUUGACAACAGGUGGUGAUAGUGGUGAUGCUUCGAUGAUUGCAGCAGCAACAGUGAUAGUGGUAGCGUCUGUGAAGCAGCUAAGGAGAAGAGAAUAUAAUUAUGAUGAUGAUGACAAUAAAGACAACAAUGAUCAUGAUGUUAGUGGUUACAGCGGUAGAAUGAUGUUUGUAGUUGUAGCAAUGAGUGAAAGACAGUCAAAGCAACAAGGGAAUGGCAGCUACUCUAGCAUCAUCAUAAUAAUCACAACUAGUGCUACUACUGUUAAUAAUAAUAAUAAUAAUAAUAAUAAUAAUAAUGAUAAUAAUAUGCUAAACAUAAUUUCUACUUCUACUGAUGAUAUUUAUAAAACCAACAUAGGAACCUCUACGUAGUUGCUGAACCUGCUAGAAAAAGCAGCUGUAUCUUCUUUUAUUCACAUCAUAGUUUUAAACAAGGACACAGUAGUCCUAGAUACCUCUACACAGAUGGUCAUGGAUAAAAUACUUUUGAUCAACACAGACCAAAAAGCUAAACGACAACUGAUGAUGAUGAUGAUGAUGACUAUAGUAGUAGCAGCAGCAGCAGCAGCAGUGGUAGUAGUGGUGGUGGGUGAAUGUAUUGUCUGCAUCAGUAGUAUAUAAUGACAAAAGUAAUGACAGUAGGUUGUGGAGGCAAGAAUAUGACAAUAUAAAGCUACAGGUAGGAACCUUUCAUUUGUUAGUGUUAUUAAAGAUGAAUGAUGGCAAUGACGAGGACAAUAACCAUCAUGACAAUGAUGAUGAUGAUGACGAUGACAAUGAUGACGAUGAGAUCAGUGACAAUGGUGACAAUGGUGAUGAUUAUGAUAAUGGUGAUGAAGAUGAUGUGGAUAAUGACGAUGGCAACAAUGCUGAUGAUGGUGAUAUAAUGGCGACAUUGGUACUAUUGACUGUUUGGAGCUAUGUAUCCAUGAAGUCUACUAAGCAUUUCCUUGAGCCUAAUAACCUUAUCAUUAUGCUAUCACCUUCAAACAUUGUAUCAUCUGACAAACUCAAGUCUUUUGGCUUUGUUUUAAAUAAAUCAAUUCAUCAAUAUAGAAAAGUGCAGUUGUGCUUUGUCUCUUCAUAACUUUUAACUAUUACUCUAUUACUUUCACUUCUAAUCUAAUUAACAUCAUGCAAACAUUAUGAAUUGCUGUCACUUUAAUCAACUUGAAUAACUUUCCUUUCUGCUAUAAAUAUUGGAGCUUUCAGUAAAAGAUGACAACAGUUGCCUUAGGUUUCAGGAAAGAAAACAAAAAUUAAAAAGCUCAAUGCAGGUAGACUACAAUUGAAGCUGAUUAUUGGCCUAUUUCCCCACCAAAACUAACUCAUGCAAAGUCCACAAUACAGCUAUGUCUAGACAUUACACAAAAUAAAGUAUUUCAACUGCUUUAGUUUUAUAAUAUAAAUUGUCAUUGCAAAUUUGAAAUACACACACACACACACACA